AUGGCCACUAAGAGCACGACGCUGGAAGGGUUCACCCCCAUGAGUGCAGGGGCCUGGCAGACACUCAGGCUCACAUUAUUCCUCACUGGCCUACAUAAAGAGGCCGGAGACCCACUUUUACCAAAUGCCCACUCACACACACGCACUCACACACACGGAAUGCUAACUGAAUCCCAGUAUGAAUACACUAUGGACCUGAGGAAUAUGUGCACCGUGUUUAUAGCAUUAUUUAGAGGGAACAGCAACGUCCCAGAAUUUGGAUGGAACAACAGCAUGGGCAUGGAGGAGAUGGUGAGGACCCUGCUACAGAACCAGGACACACUGGAGGACCCCAGCGUGGAUCCAUUAGACCUCAGGAAGGCCUACAAGGACAAACUCCUGGAGGAGAUGUGGAAACAGCAGGACAGUCUGGAGGGCCCACUGCCCCCCUCGAAAGAAAGGAGGCCCAACUCUCCAGGAGCCGUCAGUAGUGGACACGAGGAGGACUACGACGAGACUAAGCCCAUUCUAGAGCGUCUGCGGGCCCUUGAGGUGGAGAACUCUGCCUUGACAAAGGAGAACGACAACCAGAGGAAGCAGUAUGAACGCUGUCUGGAUGAGGUGGCCAAUCAGGUGGUUCAAGCUCUCCUCACUCAAAAGGACCUGAAGGAGGAGUGUGUGAAGCUGAGGACACGCGUGUUUGACUUGGAGCAGCAGAACCGCAUACUGAGCGUUCUGUUCCAGCAGCGGGUCAAAACAUCCACCAACCCUAUCUCUCAGGAAGUCCAGCAGAAUGGGAAGGCAAGUGUUCCUGCAGGGAGGUGGCCCAGCCUGCUUAGUCUAACCUGUCCACGCAGUAGCUGCAGUGGCAGCGAGGCCUCAUUAUCCAGCGCCUCUACUGAGUACUCCAGUGGUUCACAUACUUGGGCAGAAGGACGUCGCUCCUCCAAGCUGUCUGUAAUAAGCCGGGAGAAGAGGAUGAGCGCAGGGUCAGUGUCCAGCAAUCAGUCUGUCCCAGCGGAGCAGCCCGAUCUAAAUUGGAAGGAGGGACACAUUCUGAAAGGCCUGAAGAGGCUCCAAAUGCGCAGCCCAACUCCCAAGGAGACAUCUUCACUCGCCUCCACGUCACAUUUCAAGGACUGCAUUACCUCCAACGAGGGCAUAUACUCUUUAGGGGUUAAGGGGGGGCCCCAGGGGGUAGUGCCUAAAUUGCCAUUGGCAAAGGGAAAUUAUUUUAAGCCAGGAGCAGGAGUCAGAGCCUUAAUCUCUGACUCAGACGAUGCAGAUGAUGAACUGCCUCAAUCACCAGCCAGGGAGUCCUGCGUCCAACCCAUUAAAGAGACUCUCCAUCUGGAAGGAGAGCCUGCGUCUGAAUUGGGAACGGCACAAGGGGGAAAGAGCUCUACGGUCUACAACUCCCAAGAGGAGCCUGUAAGACUCGUAAGUCCCAGCAACUCCAUCUCACCUAUCAAAGAUGUCUUCUUGCUCGAGGGUCCCACACUGAAGCCUGGACUCAGCCCAACGGAGAGCCCUACCAUUACGAGUGGACUUCAAAAUAAAAACUGGAUAGAAAAAGACAGGCUAGUUACAAGACAUAGUUACAAUUUGAGGCCAGAGAGGGUUAAACAGCCACAAAACAAAGUUACGGUCAAACAUCUAGAGGCACGGGCUAGGGAAGUGAGCCUACCCAUUCAGUAUGCAGCAGCCAGAGCUCUGAGUUGGGUUAGUGAGGCCAGACAGCGCAGUGCUUCCAUGGAUACGAAGCAGUACAGAGAGCUGAACAGCCAGGGUGGAGCUGAUACCAAGGACUACACCAUUUCCGAGUCCCGACAGAGGAAAACAAAGCCUAAGGCCUGCGACUCAGCAAGGAAGGCCUUUAUCCUCCGAAGCAAGAGUGCGGAUGGAGGUCCAGACCAGGCCAAGCUACACCAGCCCCUUCGUCAGAAACUUAUCAAAGUCAAUCAAAGGACCAAGAACCGCUCGAACCCUCCUGGGCCAGGUGGCCCUCGCACAAAGAUUAGCCUUAGCAAGGCACCAGGUCCAGCUAAGGCAUCAGUACAAAUGGCUGAGAAAGGUGAGACUGCUAGUGGGGUAAGAACUUCAGGGCCCCUUGAGAAUACAGUACAUGGCUCCCCUUCUUACUCCCCUCAGAAACUGGUCAAAGUAUUUGAGCCACCUGUGCUGAAUGAUUGUCCCAAGAGCACAUCUAAAGAGUCCCAACCAGUCUCCAAACUUCCAUCAAGAAACGACUGUGGGGUAAAAGGCUCCAACUCCAACAAUUCAGCUUGCUCUCCACUUAAACAGAGGCAGCAAGACCAGCACUCGGAUUCCUCUCGGAAUGAUAUCAGGUCCCCUUCACCUCCACUUCCACCAGGUCGGACCACCUCCCUAAUGAUUCGACCUGGUUAUGGCUCCUUACCUCAGGCGCAUAAGCCUGUGGUUAUGCUCCAAACCUCUAAUACCGUGAAGGCAACUGCUCGUAGCACCAAACCUCCGUCAAGUCAUCAUUCAGCUGUUUUACAAAAGCAACCUCUAGCCCCCAACAAAAUGCAAGACACUCGUCAUAUGGCUCCCAAAAUGGGUGUUGAGGUGAAAAAGUCACCAAAAUGGGUCCCUGCCAAAGUCUACCAUCCUUUACCAACUUCGACCACUCUUCAAGAAUCCAAGGAAACAGACUCUUCCCAAUUCUCAAUGAACAGGACUGUGGCACAAGCCUCCCAUCGGGAAAAUAGUGUUCCCUUUGUGGUGCCAAAUCAGGACAGCUUACCUGUGUCCCAGCAAGGCAAUGGUGAGCCACAAAGUACAGAGCCCUUACCUCAGGCCUCAGCGUCUCUACUUUGCCAUGACAUAGUUAGUAUCUCUCAACAUUCUGUGACCAGGGCAGUAAAUGCAUUCCUUCCUGUUGGCUCCAUAACCAAUGAGACAACCCCAAACCUGGGCAACAACUUUGCAGUUAUCACUGCUACAAAGGGAGUGCAGACUUUUGACACCUUCAACCAGGACACCUACAGACGUCCAAUGAUGCACUGUGUCCAUGCAGCUGUAGCCAAGGCCAAAGCCAGGAGAAAGCUUGAGACCCACUGUAGCUCACUAGAGGAGGCUGCACUCCCACCUCCAGUGGCAGAGAAUGGUGUAACUUUGGACUGGAGAUUUGAUGAAGAGAGCUGGCUAUUUAAGCGCUCGGUCUCAGUCUCGACCCGACCUCCUCUCCAUCCGGUUAUGGGCAUGAAUGGAGCGAAGGCUCGCAGUCAAAGCUUCGGCGCACGCUAUAUGGACAGACCGAACAUCAGCAGGUCCGGAAAUGUCCCUAGUCACAUCAAAACUAACUCAAGAAGCUCUUUGAAUUCUCUUGGUGAUGUAUUCCGGGGUAGUAUGAGUUGCUCCAAUAGCUACAAUUGUCCAAGGAACAAAUCCCACAUCAACAAUGUCAUGAUUGAGGAAGGCUUGCCAAAACCUCUGCAUCUGGAGGCCUCCAGUGAUCGAUUUGGUCUCAAACGCCAGAGAGUAAACUCAUUUUCACAUCUCCAGACCGAGAAACAGUCCCCUAGCACCUUCUAUGAACGUAUCCAUGGGGAACCAGAGAGACAGUCAAACAUCUCCACCAUUGAGGAGAAGGUCAUGAUGGGAAUCGAGGAGAAUUUGCAGAAAUCUCAGCAGAAGGAGAAGACAACUGAAACUAAGCAGAAAUCCGGUUCACUGUCAAACUGGUUUGGAUUCCGCAAGAGCAAGCUCCCUGCUCCGAUUGGUAAAAAAGGAGAUUCUCCAAAGGGAAAGGAGGAGAAGAAGGAACCUAAGCUUGGAUCUCUCUUGGGUGGGAAGCAGGCAAAGUUUGACAAAAAGAAGGAGGGGAGGAAAAGUGAAGGUCAUCAAAUGGAUGGCUCGGUUGGGAAAAGAGACUCCCAAGAUACAUUGCUCGUCUGCCUUUCGAUGGCCUCCCUGGGAGCCCCAGGUAACAGCAACAUACAAGGACAAACCGACAUCUGUGGGGACACAAAGACAAAGACACAGAGGAUGAACCUCAGGACUGAUAAUGACCACAGAGUUGCUCUGAAGAGCCCCAGUGAAGAUCACUUUAUCGGCUCCGGCUGCAAGAUGCGAAUGUUGGACAGCGGCAUUGGAACGUUCCCCCUCCUCGAUUCCUCCUCCUUCUACUCCUCCAUCCUCCACCUCCUUCCCAAGUCCACAUCGGCCCAACAGUCCCUCAGCCCUCCCAGUGCUCCCAGUUCCUCUGGUGAGGAGGUGUCAGCCUCCCCAUUACCCCGGUGGAGAGUACCGUCUGGCUCAAAAGACCCUCCCUGCAGCCAACCAGGCCUGGACAGCUCCUCGUUAUCCGACACCACUGUGACCCUUGUCCAAUCAGUGCCUUAUCCCACUGUGGCCUUCCUUCAGCCUGUCCAAUCCCUGUCUAAGCCCCUUGUGACCUGUGCCAGUGUGUGUGAUACCCAGAGCAAGCUGCCCAGACUAGCCUCAGGUAAAGUCAAUAGACCACUUGUCCAGAGAUACAUCUGUCUGGUCAUCGGGAUCUCAGUCGCGGUCUCAACUUACUGUUGAGAGUUAAGGAGAAAACACA